AUGGCCGAGGUCAUGUCCACGCGCACAGAGGGCUCGCCCUUCCAUAACAUGCCAACCCGCUCCCCUUCUUCGACCAACCUGAAUCUCGACGCCUUCUCCCUUCCCCGCAGGAACCAGUACUCGCUGCCAGACCUGCGCUCGCCCUCGCUGAGCUCAUCCCGCACAUCGUCGUCGCUGCGUUCCACGCCCUCAAGCAGCCUCUCCCUGAACACCAAGUCAGAUGACUCAAGCAGCGAGGACGAAGAGCUGGCCUUCCCGCAAUACAGUACCGCAGGGCAAUACAAAAAGACGGUCGAUACAGUGGUCAUACCGCCUCCAAUUGCCAAGCAGGAACAUGCCCUCACACUGGCUUUGCCCCCGUCCUCGCCUACGGACGGCCAUUCUUCCAACACCCCCUUAUCCACCCCAGACCCGCUGCAAGUAUCAGAGGACGACACAGCAGUGCGAAAAGAACCAUCACAUCACGUAGACUACCUCUCGUACGACUGGAGGGAGGAAGACAUCUGGUCGUCGUGGCGGCACAUUGUGGAACACCGGAACGUAUAUGGCGAGCGAUCGAGGCUCGAGAAUGCUAGCUGGAGAACAUGGGCCAAGGCUCAGUUUAAGCUAAAAACAGUCUCGCCCGAAACAUUGAAUUGGCUCAAAGAUGUGGAUGUGACUUGGCUGUAUGGACCUAUGCAACCCGCAUCCAAUCGAUUCUGCUCACAACAGAACUCGGGAACCGCCAGUCGGUUGUCGAAGAGCAGCUCUUUUGUCAAUGGCGUCAAGAAGCCAAUUCUCAAGAAACGCAGCAUGUCCGAAGCCAUGCUGCAGAGGUCUAUAUCCACCUCAUCGUUGAUUCAACAGGCGGCAGAGUCGGUGCAAUCGCAACAGAGAAUCGGCGCCACCCUAGAGCGAAGGAAACCCCGAAUGAUUAUCCCUGGACCGACAUUUGACUUCCCAACAUCCUCGACAAUGUCACGGACAUUGAGUCGAGAGCCUACUGACUACUUCUCUUCGCAACCAACCUCUGGACUAGAAACGCCGGAUCAGGGCGAAAAGAAGCAUAUUCGUUUCGACGACAAUGUCGAACAAUGCAUCGCUGUCGAAUGCAAGGAUGCGGAUGACGAGGAGGAGGAUCUCAACCACAACCCCUGGGCAAAGCACGACGAGGAUUCAUCGUCUGACGAGGGCGUGGUCAUGAUGAAGCGUGCACGUAAGAGGCGUCCCUUGUCGCGGACAAGCUCGAAAAUCAGCGUCACUGGCGACAACAAGACUAUCGCCAAACUCCCCUCGACUACUUUAAAAUAUAAAACAGACUCGCCAGACGUGACUGAACAGCCACAGUCUCAUUCUCUAGGGUUUUGGCGCUCGAGUCGGUUAUCACCCUCGCCGUCGCAGGAGACGCUGAAGCCCUCGAGCCCUUCAAGAAACUUCCUACUCUCCGAUUGCGACGAUGAUGACGACGAUGAUGAGAAAGAUGACUACUUCAACCCCUCUGGGAUAUACGAUGUAAAGCGACCCAUCACCCCAACGGCCUCGGAUCCUCACUCACAGCGAUCCGACCACCUGCUCACAACAGGGGAGGAAGCUGGCGGACUACGAAGAACAGCGUCCGGUAUGUUCAUGCCAUUUGAAGAAAACGAAGACGAGCUCCAACCGCCUGGGAUCAUGGGACGAGUAGUGGACACGGUCAAUACUGCACGGGACAUAGCACAUGUGAUAUGGAAUGUUGGUUGGCGAAACUAG